GAGCGCUCGGGAGUAGCUUCGCGGAAGGGCGGGAGCUCGCCUAGUUGAGGUGGCGGGUCGGUUGGGAAGCGUGGUUCGGCGCGAGGCAUGGCGGAGGCGGCCCUGCCAAACUCAGGUGUCUUAAAUCCAGAUGCAACUGAUUUUGUUCCAAGAGAAAGACAGAUUUUCAAUCCAAAUUGGAGCAAUCAAUCCAGGCUGGAAUUUAAUUGUGAUUCAAGCAGAAAUUCUUUACCUUCUUCUGUUCAAUCUAGGCAUAGCAAAUGUGAAGAUUCAGUUACAGAUCAUAAUACUUUCUGCAGCCCAGAAAGCCAGCAUGGAUGUCAGCCAAAUUCUUCACGAUUUCACAGUAUUGGUAAAACUAAAAGCAAUAGCUUACAUAGUCAGCGGUGGCAAAGAUCAAGGAAUGAUCGAACACAUGGGAAAAAUCAAAUGAAGCAACUACCUGCAGGGAGCACAGAGGAGUCUCCAUGUUUAGACACUAGAUUAGUUGUAGGGCGUAGGAUGAAUCAUAGACAAUACAGCGAUUUCUCUUCAGACAGUGAGAAAGAAGCUGCUACUGCAAACAACAGAGGAGCAAAGCCGAAGAAGACAUACUUGAUGCAUUCACGGGGAAGAGGAUUGAAAGAAAAAGAGAAACAUUCAUCUGAGAGGGAAAAAAGAAUACCAACUAAGUGGAAGGAAAAGGCUUUUGAAAACAUUCCAGCAGUAGAUCAGACCCAGUCAGAUUCAUCUGAAACAUCCAUUGGAAAAGCAGUAUCUGAUGGCUUUUCUGACAAUAGCAUUGCAAGAAGAAAAUACCCUUUUGCAAACAGGCAUUUUAGGGAACCUGCAUGGAAUAAAGAAAUUGGCAAAAAACAAGAUACAUCCAGAAGUAAAAAUGCAAAACAUGUUAAGAAUGCAUCUCUUCCACAUCCUCCCAGAGAACGCAUCAGUGAGAAGAGGAAAGAAUCUGUGCUGCAUGAAAGAGGUCCAAACUUAGUUAGUGUGGCAGAGAAACAGCCGUUCUGUGAAGCAACUGCACGUGAUGGGAGGAAACCACUUCUUCAAGAAGGAUAUAAAAACAGACGCUGGAAAAAGCAAAAUGAUGCACCAAAGAGCAAAGAAACUCAUACAGGGUCUCUGAUAGAGCAGCUUACCUCAGAAAAAUAUGAAUGUAUGGUAUGUUGUGAGGUGAUCCGUGUGGUAGCCCCAGUUUGGAGCUGCCGGAAUUGCUAUCAUGUUUUCCACUUAAGUUGCAUUAAGAAGUGGGCAAGAUCUCCAGCAGCACAGACUGAAGAUGGUAACAGUGGCUGGAGAUGCCCUGCGUGUCAAAAUGUUUCAUCACAAGUUCCUAGUAUUUAUACCUGUUUUUGUGGCCGGGUAAAAAAUCCUGAAUGGAAUAGAAAUGAAAUACCACAUAGUUGUGGAGAAUUGUGUAGAAAGAAAAGAUCAGCUCAAGAUUGUCCACAUUUAUGUAAUAUACUUUGUCAUCCAGGACCUUGCCCAUCCUGCCCUGCUUUUAUGACCAAAAAAUGUGAAUGUGGACGUACAAGCCAUUCAGUUCGCUGUGGGUAUUCUACUGCAAUUCAGUGUACUAAUAUAUGUGGGAAUGUUUUGAAUUGUGGUAAACAUAAUUGUACCCAGAAAUGCCAUUCGGGAAAAUGCUUACCAUGUGAAUUGACUGUAAAACAAGUAUGUUACUGUGGGAGCACCUCUCGAGAAGUGUUAUGUGGAGCAAGUGAAGAUUGGUUUUCAUGCCUGAGAACUUGUGGGAAAAAAUUAUCCUGUGGAAUGCAUAGCUGUGAACAAGUAUGCCAUCCACAGCCCUGUCAGCCCUGUCCACGGCUUCCACAAAUAGUGCACUGUUGUCCUUGUGGACAGACUUCUCUUAGUAAAUUACUAGAGCUGGGGUGUACGGAACGUAAACUCUGCACAGAUCCUAUCCCAUCAUGUGGAAGAACAUGUGGAAAACCUUUACCUUGUAGUAGCUAUGAUGCUGUGCAUACAUGUGAAAAUCUCUGCCAUGAAGGCGAAUGUGGACAGUGUUCUCGCACAUCAAAGGUCUACUGCAGAUGUGCCUUAAAAUUAAAGGAAGUUCCUUGUGCCUCUCUAAAAAAUCAAGUUAAAGUUCCAUUCUUAUGUGACAAAAGAUGCAACAAGAAAUUGUCGUGUGGACGACACAAAUGUAAUGAAACAUGCUGUGUGGAUAAGGAGCACAAGUGCUCUUUGAUUUGUGGACGUAAACUGAAUUGUGGUAUCCACAGAUGUGAGGAACCUUGUCACCGUGGCAAUUGUCAAAAGUGUUGGCAGACUAGUUUUGAGGAAUUAACUUGUUAUUGUGGUGGAUCAGUGAUUUAUCCCCCAGUACCUUGUGGUACUCGACCACCAGAAUGUAAAAAUCCAUGUACCAGGCCUCAUGAAUGCGAUCAUCCAGUAUAUCAUUCCUGUCAUAAUGAAGAGAAAUGUCCACCAUGUACAUAUCUUGUUCAGAAAUGGUGUAUGGGAAGACAUGAAUUACGGAGCAAUAUUCCUUGUUACCUCACUGAUAUUUCUUGUGGUCUUUCCUGUGAUCGAAUGUUAAAAUGUGGAAUGCACAAAUGUAAAAGGAUCUGUCACAAGGGGGAGUGCCUCAUAGAUGAAGAGUGCAGACAGCCAUGCACUAUUCUUAGACUUCACUGUAAUCAUCCAUGUAUGUCUCCAUGCCAUCCAUCUUUACCUUGUCCUUCAACUUCUUGCCGUUCAAAGGUUGAGCUUCAGUGUGAGUGUGGAAGGAAAAAAGAGUCUAUGAUUUGCUCAGAAGCAGCAAGUACUUAUCAAAGAAUAGCUGCAAUAUCGAUUGCCUCUAAGUUAACAGAUCCACAACUUGGAGAUUCAGUAGAGAUAAGUAGAUUGAUUACCAAAAAAGAAAUGAAGCAAACCAGGUUACAGUGUGAUGAAGAAUGCUUGGCUCUUGAAAGAAACAGACGGUUUGCUGAGGCUCUUCACAUAGAUGACAAUUCUGAUCCAUUCAAUGUUCGUGUCUCUGCACCCAAGUACAGUGAUGUAUUGAAAGAGGAUGGAAGAAAAGAUUUAAAGUUUGUCAGUGAAGUUGAGAAAGAAAUGAAAGCUCUUAUAGAAGCAGUCAAUAAGAGCAAGCACACAAAGAAGAGUCAUUGUUUUCCACCCAUGAACCGAGAACACCGUAGAAUCAUCCACGAACUUGCUCAGGUUUACGGCAUUGAGAGUGUGAGCUAUGAUAACGAACCAAAGCGCAAUGUUGUUAUCAGUGCGGUGAAAGGGAAAUCAGUUUGCCCAACAGUUACUCUGACAUCGCUACUUACGAAGGAGAAGCAGACCAGGCCUCCCCCACCUAUUCCUCAUCACAAACAAUCAGAAAAGCCUGGGAAUAGCAGCACAGAGAGACGGUUCAAAGAAGAGACAGUUAUUGACUAUUUUGAUGUCCAAGAUUGAUGGGAUUAACAUGGAAUUACACUGUUGAAAAGUGAAAUUACAAAUGUGUUCAGGAUAAUUUUUGUCAAAAUAUAUUGUUUUAUAUAUUUGAAGUUCAUCAUGUAAACUGCAGAGGAAAAGAAAUGGUUCAUCAUUUUUAAGUAAGGCAAGGUAGAAUAUUAUAACUAUUUGUGAUUGAAUAAUUUAAAUGGGAUCUGGUCACAAUUAUAUAUAAUUGUUAAUCAGAGGUAUGUAAAGAAUUCCUGCUGCAACAUAGACCUUCAUCUAUGUUGUAUGUGGAUCUCAUGGAUCAGGAGUAGUACCAGCAAGCAUGACCUAUUCUACCUCUCUUGAAGGCAUAAAUAUGUGAGGGGAAAACUUUAAAAACGAACUGAUAAAAAAAAUUCAGCAGAAACCUGACAGUGAUUAUUAAUGAAGUAUAAGUGAGAAUUCUGAUUAUAUUUGUAAACUCAGAUGAACUGCUAAAACACUAAAGUUAAAAUCAUAAUAUACACAAGAUAGUCCCAUAAGAGUUUCAGAUUCAUGGUGUUAGUAACAAUAGAAUUGAUUAUCAAGAAAAUGGCACAAUUUGUUUCUAAACUUUGGUGGCCUUUUUCAUCACUCUUUCUUUUAAAUGCAAGAUCCUUUCAGAUUGUGACUGUACAGUAAGGAAAUAAUUUUAUGGCUCUUCUAAUGUGAUUAUACUAUAAUUUCUAGCAGCCCAAAGCAGCAUAGUCAGCGGUAAAGGAAGUACUGGAGUACUAUAGAUUUUCUAUCCUUUGUAUGGUUAGGAGAAUAUUCAUUUUGUAAAUUUAUACAUUUGGGGUGAGAAUUUGUUUUUUUUCUUCAGUCAGCAAUAGCAUAUAUGAUUAUGUUUGACUAUGGUGAUGCAACUUUGUUUAAAGUAGUAAUUCUUAGCACAUAAAGAAAUUAUGGGCAAUUACUAAUGAAGUGGUGGUGGAAGAUUGUCAAUGGCAUUCUGGAGAGCUUUCAGUUUCCUUAAUAUCUUCCCUCUGUUUAAUCUUCCCUGUGCAAGAAACGUCUAAUGCCAAAAGUGUGUUAUCAGGCUGCCACCAUAGUGUGGAAGAAUAUUAUAUGAAAGUAAAUUUAACAGAUUAACAGAGUUAGUUAACUUGAUUUUAUAAAUUGGUAGCCUGUUUUCCACAAAAUGUCUGUGACAUCUUACUUCAUGUAGGAAAUCCUGGCCUUUUCUGGAUUAUAGCUUUUAACCAUUAAUACUCAUUAAUACUUUGCAAAUAUAUUAAUUUCUGGUUUAUUUUUCAAAGAGGAUUUAUUUAUUUAUUUAGCAUAUGGCAUUCAAAGAGGAAAAUAACAAACAAGCAUUUUUAUGGCUUGAAAACAUAUUCUUACAUUUGAGGUAUGACUAUUUCUCAUGUUAGUUUUAAUUCAAGAGAGAUGGUGAAUUAAAUAAUAUGGCAUGUAUUUAUACCUUGUUACUUCCUUUUCAUAUAUAAGUAGCCCAUGAUAAAGUACAAUGUAGCAUUCUCAUAGAUAUUAAUAACCAAAGGAAUGACAGAAUAUUAUUGUUAUGUAGAAACCUAUUGGCAACAUAACUAAAAAGUGAGCAUUUUUCUGUUUCCAAAUACCCAAAACAUGGUUCAUUCAAUUUCACUACCAAUAUACUGAAGUUGUGCUAGUACCACUCCAGUGCACUAUAGGGGACUAUGUAUACAUGGAAAUAUUUUGUGUCUCUAAAAGGUAUAGACAAGGGUGUCAAAUUGGCAGCUCAUGGGCCGGAUGCAUCAUGUGCAGGCCACGCCCACCCCAGCUCUUUGAAGAUAAAAAGCAUCGCGAUACAUCACAUGAAGGCAAUAUGACACAGCAAGUUUGAACCUGUGGUAUAGACUUAUUAUAUUCAAUUUGUUGAUGAGUUGCCACAUUUGCUAGGGAGUUUACAGGCAUAGGCAGAAGGGCUGCUAGGUAUAUGUGAACUUUGAAUAAAACUAAAGAAGAAUGUACAAUAGAUCAAUUGGAAUGUAUGUAAAUGUGGAAACCCAGUGCUUAUCAAAUAAACUACAAUAUAAAUCAAUUGUAUCUUUAUAGAGGAAGGAUGUAGAUCAGUGGUAGUCAACCUGGUCCCUACUGCCCACUAGUGGGCGUUUCAGCUUUCAUGGUGGGUGGUAGGGGUUUUGACUGAUACUGAAGCACUUUCCUUUUUUUUAAUUUAAUUGACUUUUUAAAAAAUUUUCAUAGCAUUAUUUAAAAACAUUUUCAUUAGGUUUUCAUAAAAUUCCCCGUGACAAUUUAAAUUUCUGAAAAUAUACUAUUUGUAUCGCCCACGCGUAAGUUUAAUUCACAUUACGUAAGUGAAACUAAAUGGUGCUAUAGUGCGACCGUAAACAAAAGAACCUCGUCCCAGAAUAGCUCGCGCAUCUCCCCCCACACCACCCAGCUGUAACAGACAAGCAGAACUGGUAGCCGGCGCCCCCGUCCCCAAACCUAAUCCACAAUGCGCGAGAGGCAUGCGCAGACGACGAUACAUGGCGCAUUACUGUGGAACCGGUGGGCGGUUAGAAAAUUUUACUACUAACAGAUACAAAAGUGGGCGGAAGGUAUAAAAAGGUUGACUACCCCUGAUGUAGAUGCACAUUUCUCUUCAUUGCUUGUUCUAGACAGAAUUGUUUAUUUGCAUAAAUUGAUAGGCACAGGGUACUAACUUAAAGCAAUAUUUGUAUAUGUGAACUUGUUAUAAGAAGUCACAUAUACAGAAAAUGUUUAUUCAUUUUCAGUGCUUUGAACUUUUUAUUUAUGUGACGUGGUUUCAAAGUGAUUGAUCCUGCUGUUGCUUGGUGAAAAAGUGCCAUGUGAAUAUUAAGGGGUUAAACAGGUAUUUAUUUUUAAUGGUUUGGCUAAAUUGUGAUAUUUUCAUGAAGAGUUGACUUCUCAGUUUUCUAAAUUAUACUUUUCAUUUAUUCAUUUCUCAUUUAGUUUGUGCAAUUAUGAUAACUGAGAGGGGAAAUUCUUUAGAACAAGUUUUUGCACACUGUUCUUUCCUAAAAUUACGGAUGGUGCAACUAAGUUUAUAUAUGCAAAUAGUGCAGAUAAUAUUAAAGAAUGUGGCUUAGUAAUAGAUAUAUACGUAUGUGUGUGUGUAUAUAUAUAUGUGUGUAUACACACACAUGCACACACACAUAUAUUCAGAACUGCUCAGACUAUUUAAUGCUCUGUGUGCUUUGACUUCUGUAUAAUCUAAUGUGAAAAUUACAAUGGAAAUUAUUCUUUAUGCCAUUUCAUAUAAUAUAAAUGAUGAAGUAAAAAAAUACCAAUAUACGAUUAAUUUUUAAUACAUUCUUUCAGUCUUUACAUUUACAAAUGUGCACAUUCUGCUUGCUUUCAAUUUCAUUGGUGUAAUAAAUGGCUGACUUUAAUAAAUCUGAAAUAGAAGUCUUUAAUAAAGUACAAACUUUCCAA